UUUAACAUGUGGCGGUUUACUUAACGAAGGUCGAAAAAUUAUCCAGCAAUUUCCUAUAAAAUCUAGUAACAUACCUUUGUUUCCUUUUAAAAUUGGAUUGGAUGAAUCUAAUUUUUUAAGAAAAUUUUCAAUGUUUGAUCUAUUGUAGGGUCGGUCGAUGUUUGUUUCUUUUUGUAACGAAUUAAAAAUUUUGAAGACCUGCAUUUGAGGAUUCCAAAAAAUAUAUUGAGAAGAUCACAAACAUCACUUCAUCAUUUCCAACUUUUUGUUUAGUUUAUAGGCAUUGAAAAGAAAUUUUUUAGUUAAUUUUUAAAAUGAAACCUCGCUUUAAAUAAUUAAAAAAAAUAUUUUUAUUUUUAAAAUUAAUUUUUAGAUUAGUAGAAAACUUUAAAUGCCAAAUACGAGGAGUUAUGCUGCUAGAAAGCGUUUGAUGGAAAUGGAAAGUGAGAGACUUGCUAGUAACUCUAAUUCUCCAACAACUAGCCGACCCUCAAAAUUUAAAAAACGAAAAAGAUACAAAUAUCAUAUUGAAGAAAAACCAAAAGUCAUUGAGGCGCAACAAAAAUUAGAAGAAAUUAAACUGGAUGAAAUUUUGCUUCCAUCAAUUAAUAAUAUUGAAUUAAAUCUGAAUAAACAACAAAACCAAAAGAUCGAUUCCCUGGCUUCUUUAAGUCAAGAAAAUAUUGCCAAACAAAUUUGUGCUUCUACAAACACAAAACAAGUUUUGUUUCAACAACCGAGUUUUCAGCAAAAAUGUUUCUUUCAAAAUAAUCAGCCAAAGCCUUUGAAUUCUCAACUUUUUCAACCUCCACCACUUUCAAAUUGUCAAAAUAUGCACGGAAAUAAUUCAAAUAAUUCUGGUAGACCUCCAAUGAAAAGGCCUCAUUUAAUGCAUCAACCGAGACAUCAUUUGCAGCAUCAACAACAACAUAGAGGGGUUGGGCAAGUUCAACAUCGUUUGCCACAUCCUAAACAAAUUCCUCCUGGUCCUUCUAUUCCUCAACAACAACCGCAGCAACAAAUACCUCCUGGGAAUAAACAGGCUAUUUUUCCGCAGUGUGCAAAUGAUGUUCUUGUUCAUGUCGGCGAUUUUGUCAAACAACACGGCCAAUUUCCAAAUAAAAGCUGGAAUCGUGUAAAAAUAAAAGAAUUACAAAAUUUGUUGGAUCAAGAUCUUUUUUGUUUGUCUACAGACUUGAGAAAUUCUCGUCUCAAUCCUUUACAAAGUUUUAAAUUGUUGGGAAUUGUUUGUAAUUAUUUUGAUAAGGAAGUCUCAAAAGAAGCCGAUCCAAAACUUCGUUAUUUACAUUUUGAUAUUAUUUUUUGUGGUCGUGAGGGAGAGCCUUUACUUCACGAAGCUCGUGUUCAAUUUCUGAUCAAAAUUUGUUCACUAGCUGCCCAAUUUCCUGUGUAUGGAUUGUUUGACCAUGUUGGCCAAUGGCUUGGAAAAGUAACCAGUGAUGAAUUAAAACGUAGUUAUGCUGAACAAAUUGUUUCUGAAUUGGUGGAAGGUUUUAUUUUUGGUCCCGAAAAAUAUAAUUUGUACGAACAUUUACUCCCAAUUGUUAAUUAUUCUUUUGAAUUUUGUGCUAACUUUAUCGUCUUUGCAAUAAGCAAAGAAACGUUAGGUCCAGUUAUGGCUUUAAUUAUUGGUGAAUGGUUAUGUCACCGUGUUGAUCAAUUUUUGCGUUAUUUAAGUUUUUGUACGCAUUUGAGUCUUCCUUUUUGUGGGCAGGUAAAAUUUAAAAGCAAUUUUUGAGUAUUAUUUAUUCUGAUCUCUUUAUAAGGUUAGAGUUGCCGUUUUCGAGUAGGGCCAACGUUCUAGUCAUUUUUUCGGGCUUCAUUUUUAUCGGGCCGGCUGGACCGGGGGGGGGCUUCUUCGGCGAGGGCUUUUUCGGGCCCAACUUCAUUGCACGACUUGAUCUUUUGGACCGGACCGGGCCCCCAACCCUAUAUAAGAUAAACACUUGUG